ACAGACGCAAGUUGCACCUCGACAUAGCGAUUCCUGGAAGAGCCUAGUCUUCCAGCAGCGCUAUCAACCGACAAAAACAAACACUAUCUUUAUCUUUCUUUCACUCUUUCACUUCUGUGCUUCAUUUCAUUACGAAAAUGAAAUCCAUGAUCGUAGUAGCUUGUUUGGCGUUGGCGUGCGGCGCACACGCGUCCGGUUGGGCCGGCCCACCCGCCAACAUUGCUCUGUCUCAAGAUGGACGCAAUAUUCUGGACACACCCGAAGUCGCACAGGCUCGUGCCGCACACAUUUCCGCUCUUCAGCAGGCUUCGAAAAAUAACCCCAACCCAAAUGACGACGGAUCAUACGACCCUAGAUGGGACAAUGAAGAGUACUGGCAACAAGCUGAGGGUAAAUGGAACGGUGCUCCCGCUCCUGCCUGGAACGCUGCCCCCGCCCCCUCAUGGAACGGUGCCCAUGCUGCUGCUCCUUCAUGGAACGCUGCCCCAGCUCAUUCCUGGAAUGCUGCCGGAUCUGCUCCCGCCCCCGUAGCCGAAACUCCAGAAGUAGCACAAGCCCGUGCCGCUCACUUGGCCGCUCUAUCUGCCGCUAAGUCCGCUGCUCCUGCCCAACAACAAUGGAACGCCCCAGCUCACCAGGACUGGAAUGCCCCCGCCCACCAGGACUGGAACGCUCCCGCUCACCAGGACUGGAAUGCUCCCGCUCACCAAUCAUGGAACGGAGCUCCCUCCUGGCAAUCCGGUGCCCCCGCUCACCAGCCCGCUAACAUCAGACUAGCCAACGAUGGUUCCGGCAUCCUCGACACACCUGAGGUCGCCGCCGCGCGUGCUGCUCAUUUGGCCGCCCACGCGCAAGCCGCUCACUCUGCCCCAGCUCACGCCCCUCAGCAACACUGGUGAAUUAAUUCGCCUCUUCUUCCCUUUCCGAGCUCCCCAAAGUGAGCCGGCUCGUAACUAGCGGUCUGUAAGCCGUGAACGUGUUACGCUCAAGGAUCACGUGGAGGUGUCUUCUUUCCUUCGAUCUCUUAUUGACUUUUAGUUUCAAAGUGCUAGUGCGUCAGUCUUUUUUUUUUACAUAUUCUGUGGCUUUUUGAUACUUUUAUAAAACUACUUCCUACUCUAUGAACUUUUGUACAUAUUUAAAAUAUAGAUUUGUAUGUAUGCGUAAUUAACGAAUCAAAUUAUACGGAAUGGAAAAUG